AUGGAAAACCCGGAAGAAAUUCUUCAUAGUCUAGAAGAAUUUUCAAAAAUGAAACCAAAAGACAUUCCACGUGAAUUAGAAGAGUACUUGUGUUUUGUCGCCAAAACAGGCAAUCCUAUCUACCAAUGGCCUAUAAUAAAAUCUCUUUUCCGAGAAAAGCUGAUCAAUGUUAUUACGGACUUCUACGAAUCUUGCCCGUCUGUAGAUAUUCCACCUUGUCCCAACGUAGAAAUGUUCAAUUAUGAUAUGAUGAAGAAUUUUAUACUAGAGAAACUCGACACAUUCGCUUCGGCCCCUUUCACGGUCCAAAGGAUAUGUGAACUUCUCACGACGCCUAGAAAAGAAUACAGCAGAAUAGACAAAUACAUGAGGGCGUUGGAAAAGAAUAUUCUGGUUGUAAGCACAGUAGAGCCUGGCCGAAGAUCUGCUGAAAAUGGGGAAGAAGGUAUUAUGAAUGGUAUAGAGUCAGAACAUUUACCAGAAAGUAGCAAUUCUAGUCACGACAUUAACAUUGAAGACAUGGAUGAAAGUCCUUCUAAUUGGAACAGACAUGAUCAAGAUGUACCUGUUUCAUACAAAAAUGGGGAGAGUGAAGACUUAUCAAAAAGUGAAAUGGAACCAGCGACAGAGUCAGCAACUAGUUUUGAAACGGAAGAAACUAAAACAGAAGUACCUUCAAGCAGUACUGCUGAAGAACCAAAAGCACAAACCCCGGAGACUGUAAUAACUUGCACAAGUACAGAAGAGACAAUUGAAACAUUUGUUUCUAUAGAACCUCAAGAAGGUGCCUAUCAGAACCUUUCAGAAGAUAGCAAUACAGACAGUAACAGUAGUGAUUCUUCAAGUUCAGCAUCUGUACCAGAAGCUAAAGAAACGACACCUAUAGAAGAAAAGCAACCAGCUGAAGAAGCCUUAGAGGUCGCAGUAGAUACCACCGAUGUGCCUAAGCAAACUGAAACAGAAGUACAAAAACCAGAAUCAAUUACUGAAGCUGAAUUAGAACCCAAGGAACCAUUGAUAGAAGAAACACAGUUUGAAAUUUCACAGGUAGAAUCUACAAGAGAAUUGCCAACAGAAACACCAAUUGAAGACAUAUCAACAGAAGAAGUAACCCCUGGUCCAAGUGAACCAGAAGUGCUAGAAUCACUACCAGAAAUCUCAGAACCUCAGGUUGCUGUGGAGACAGAAGAUAAAGAAGCAGAAGUGGUGGUUGAGAAAUCGUUAGAUGCUCCAGAAGAUACGCUUCCUGCUGCACCAGAAGUAGAUGUCCCUGUACCUGAAGAAUUGGAAAACAUUGUAGAUAGUUCAACUGAUGAUAAGAAAGAGGAAGAAAAUAUCUCUGAAAAAUUACCACAAGAAGAAGUCAUCAGUGAAUCUGAAAAGAUAGAAACAACAAAUGAUGCAGAUGCUGUCACCAAUGAUCUAUCUGACAACAAAGAGUUAUCUGAAGAGUCUCCUAUGGAAGUAGAUGUCAGCCAGGAUAAGAAGUCAGAAACUGAAGAGCCUAGUUCAUCUGUAGAACCAUUUCUAGCAUAA